AUGACAAGCACGCAAGGCCCCAGUUCAAACAAGAAGGUCCUCCUGGUAGGCUCGCUUGAAGCAGCCAAGGAUGGCAUGUAUCAAAAAGCCGUGCAAGAUUUCCAGGUGGAAGGACUUGCGCUGGAAACGGAGAUGGUCGAUCGUAUUACGGACACAAACUAUGCCCCUCAGGCACAAUAUUUUGACCGUGCGUACGUAAUGACACCGUUUGAGGGAGUGGUAUGGACGGCUCUUUUGCCGAAACUUUUAGGCGCUUUAGUGCCCGGCGCGACGUUGGACAUUACGCUGCUCAGUGAGUCGCACGCCGCGGAAGAACUUGCUCAAGUGCAAGCAGAGUUAUCCAUUGCUGGCUUCUCUGAUGUGGCCACACCUACCACUACGUCGCUGAAGGCCAGUGUGCCACUGUCUUCACCCGUCGUCUCGCAAGAUGCACCGUCUGUUGGGGCGACAGCCUUGCCCUUGCGCAAAAAGCUGGGCGCAUCGACUGACCGCCAAAAGAAAGCAUCAUUGUGGGCUACGCAACCGGACUCGUCUAUUGAUCCUGACUCGUUGAUGGCCGGCACAGAGAAUAUGGGCCCUCGUGCUCCCAAGCGCUCCGACUGCACUGUGGACUUCACGCAGCCACGUUCGCGCCGUAAGCGUGCAUGCCCAGGGUGCACUUGUGGUCUACGUGAGCUUGAAGAAGAAGAGGCGCGCACAGGCUCAAUUGUGCAGCUGGACCCGAAUGAUAUCAACGUCACAGGCGAUCGCCAGGAAAUUACUACGACAGUGGUGGGCGACGAUGGUAUCGAGCGAACUGUUAAGCGUAUUCAGGUUGAUACACGCGGUGCUACAAGCAGCUGUGGCAGUUGCUUCCUGGGUGAUGCAUUCAGGUGUAGCACAUGCCCGUAUUUGGGACUGCCUGCGUUCGAGCCAGGUCAAAAGGUGGAAAUUCCUGUAUCGAUGGACGAUGUCAUCUAA